UAUAGAUGGCAGCUGCGCGUCCCCGCUCAUUCGGAGAGAACAGCGCAGAGGAGCGGACACGCGGAGCAGAGCAGACCAGCGGACUACGGCGUCCCAUGGACUUUAAGAACAAGACUGAAUAACUAGAAGGAGCCCUGCGUCACGGAAGACUUAAAACAACAUUUUCUAACUAAAGGUUCACAUUCAAUAUUGUGGAUAUCACCGCACACCCCUAGGUCCUGUAUCAGCCGGGAUUUAAGAGAUAGUGCUCCAGCCAUGCAGCACUACGGAGUAAACGGGUACUCCCUCCACGCCAUGAACUCGCUGAGUGCAAUGUACAAUCUACACCAGCAGGCGGCGCAACAGGCCCAGCAAGCACCCGACUACAGGCCGUCGGUGCACGCACUAACUCUCGCCGAGAGACUAGCUGACAUUAUCCUCGAGGCCCGAUAUGGCUCCCAGCACCGCAAGCAACGGCGCAGUCGCACUGCGUUCACCGCCCAGCAGCUCGAGGCCCUGGAGAAGACCUUCCAGAAGACCCACUACCCCGACGUGGUGAUGCGGGAACGCCUCGCCAUGUGCACCAACCUGCCCGAGGCUCGUGUACAGGUGUGGUUCAAAAACCGCCGCGCCAAGUUCCGCAAGAAGCAGCGCAGCCUGCAGAAGGAGCAGCUCCAGAAACAGAAGGAGGAGACCUCGGAUCCCAGCGAGGAGGAGCACAAAGCCGACCCCGCCCCCGGCAACACCAACACCACCACCACCAACACCACCACGACCCACUCCCCACCUCCGCACUCCUCCUCCUCUCCCUCCUCCACCGGCUCCUCCUCCUCCCUCUCCUCCCCCUCCGAGGCGGGCCGGCUGGGGGCCAUGCAGACCCAGGCGGAGGAGGCCAGCGUGGAGGUCAACGUCACCUCCCCGGAGCCCUCCGACUGCGACUCCGCGGCGGAGGAGCGGGAGGAGGAGGCGGAGGAGGAGGAGGAGGCGCGGGGGGCGAUGGAGGGAGAUCGGAGGAUGAUGCUGCGGGACGUCCAGGGGAUACAGCCGGGGAACCACGGCGGGCCGUCCUGUAAACGCUUCAGCCCCUCCCCAGACUCCCCGCUGGGCUCCCCCGGACUCCAGUCCAGCAGCAGCGCGAGCGGAGGCCUGGUCACCCACGGCAACUCGUACGCCUCGUCCCCGCUCAGCCUCUUCCGCCUGCAGGAGCAGUUCCGCCAGCACAUGGCGGCCACCAGCAGCAUGGUGCACUACCCGCCCUUCGACAUGGUGGCCCCGCCCUCCUCGCUGCCCUACCUGGGCAUGAACAUGGGAGGGGGCCUGCCGCCCUCGCUGGGCUCGCUGCCCUGCCAGCCCUACUACCAGACCCUGUCGCAGGCCCAGCAGGUGUGGAACAGCCCCUUGCUCCACCAGGCACCCCCGGGACUCUCCCACCAACAGCCCCCUCCACCGCCGCCGCCACCCCCCCAGCCCCAACCUCCAGGGAGCCUCAACAGCAAGACCACCAGCAUCGAGAACCUGCGCCUGCGGGCCAAGCAGCACGCCGCCUCGCUGGGGCUGGACGUGCUGCCCAACUGAAUGCUGGGAGGGGGACUCCACGUUUAACCCCCCCCCCCCCCCGCCUACACCCAUCCGUCCGUCCGCUUCGACCCCCUCUGCUGUGGCCCCCAACGCAUCACGUAGAGCACGCCUCCGCCCCCCAAUAGAGCACACAAGACACGAAGAAGGAGACUCCGAACCCCGUGGACUCAAAGGAGGAGCACGAGGGAGGAGGAAGGAUCGACCCAUGGAAGGAUGGAUCGAACAGUCUAACCAUUCGUGUUACUCCGGUGGAUCAUGCAUAUGUAUGACUCCCUGCUCUUAGUGAAACGUUGAAUGCAAGUAUAUACGAUGACCAGUAUUGCCCCCCCCCCUGAAAAGUCAUGGCAUACGGAGAAGUCAGGAAACAAACAAACAGCCAACCAUGUCCCAACUCCUUAACCCAGCAUCAGACCCCUCCUCCCACAGAUAUAUCAUUAAAUGUACUCUUAAAGGAAUGGUUGAGUAUGAAUUCUGCAUGCACCACUGUAGGUCACGGGAUCAAUAGCAACAAAUAUGUUUUUUGGGCACUGAUUUACACAUCAGAAAUAGGGACAAAAACAGGCCACUGACCCAGGGUAUGGCCUGCAGUAUCUAGAGCGCUUUGUACAUAUUUCAGUUGUAGCCUUGGGCUGAUUGCAGAAGGAAGAUGUUAUCUCUGUCAGGAUUCGAAAGGAAUAAGUAAAAUAUAUAAUGCUGAAACAAACAAAUAUUUAAAGGACUCAUCUUAACGUGCAGGAUGAAUAGGGAUAUGUGGAAGCGAAUGUUUGGGGUAAAACUGACCAACAGUCCUCUUUUCUUUUGCUUAAGUGCCAGAAAUAACCGUUCAGUCAGUUCCGUUUUGUUGAGCCUGUGGUGGAAGCAGAAACAAAAUAUACAGCCCAGGCUUUGUAUGUUAUGUAAUAUACUUCUGUAGAUUCAAGACAUGUAUUAUUAAUUUACCUAAAUGUGAGUAAUUUAUCUGUUGAAACUCAAAUGAAUAAAAAUGACUUGAGAAGUAA